UGAACGCAACAAUGGUGCGCUCAAGACAACUCUGACGCCUUGAUUACACCGACAACAAUUGUGUAUUUUGGUACACCAGAAGUACAUUAAUUUCCAAUGGAACGCUGUGCUUGCAUUGCAGAAACAGUUGUAGUGCGUUCUGUGUGGUGCAUACGUUGGAUUUAUCGAUGCGUACAUGGUUUGACAGAAAGGGUAGCAGAAGGUGAACGCUGAACUUUUUUUUGAUAUGAUCAGGCAUGAACUCCGAACUAGGAAAUCUCCGACCUCCCACUUCAGUGCAUUCAAGAGAACUGGGAACUCGGGAAAAAACGAGCUCAGACUGGGAAAAUCUUUGACAGUCAUCCAACUCUGAAUUUAAAGUCGGAAACUCGGGCAUCGUGGUGCUUUCAAGACGACUGGGAACUCGCAAAAACCCAAGGUCAAAUCCUGACGUCAGUGAUUUUUCAGGUCGGAAAGUCCGAACUCUAGACCAUCGGAGCUCGUUUAUUUCGAGAUCCCAGUUGUCUUGAACGCACUGAAGUCUAAAAGCCGGAUAUUUCCGAGUUUCGAGUCCCCAGUUGCUUUGAACGCGGCAUCCUAGUGUUACGACUUUUCCGACCUGAAGAUCACUGACGUCACGAUUUUUCCCAUUAUGAGCUCGUUUUUUCCGAGUUCCCAGUUGUCAUGAACGCACCAUCAAUUCCGUAUUCUUGCCACUAGUUUCAUACUAGCCUACGUAGUUGAUACCACAUAGAGAACGCAGUGUCACAGACAGCCAAUUCUUCUCAUUCGACCAGCUAUAAUAAGUCCUAAUGGAAAAGGUAGAGAUGUUACGAGUAAUCUGAGAUGGUCUUUAGAAGAAUGGCUUUCCCAGCCGAUGAGUACUGGCUGAGGAUGAUGAAGACGAAGAAGAUACAGGGGUCACCGCAGCAGCAGUGUCAGGGGCUGCAGGGACCUCUGUGAUUGCUGACCUCAUCUCUGACCUCCCCAGCUCUGUAUUGGCUGACCAUGGCCACUCAGAGGACACCCCUGGUCAAAGACUUUAACCACUUCAUUACCUGCUACGUGUGCAGAGGUUACCUGAUCAAACCCACCACGGUCACUGAGUGCCUUCACACAUUUUGUAAGAGCUGUAUCAUCCAGCACUUUGAAGACAGUAAUGACUGUCCCAAAUGUGGCAUUCAAGUCCAUGAAACCAACCCUCUAGAGAUGCUAAGGUUGGACAAUACUCUUGAGGAAAUCAUUUUCAAGCUUGUACCUGGAUUACGAGACAAGGAACAGCAGGAGAUUGAUUUCUGGAGGAAGAAUACAUCCAAAGAAAAUGGACAAGGAGACUGCCUUGGGUCUAGGCUUGGGCUCAGUGAUGAUGAGGAUGGUGAUGAAGAUGGUCAGGAUUAUCACAGGAGUGACCCCCAGAUAGCCAUCUGCCUGGACUGUCUCCACAACAAUGGAUAUGCUGCAGACGACACAGUAAAGUGUUUAAUGAAGAAGUUCCUUCGCUGCUCUAGUCGAGUCACGGUGGGAACCAUCAAGAAGUUUCUCAGUCUAAAGUUAAAGCUUUCAAGCUCUUGUGAGCUGGAUGUGCUGUGUAACGGGGAGAUCAUGGGUAAGGACCACACUCUGGAGUUCAUCUACAUGACCCGCUGGAGGCUGCACGGUGACAACACAUAUCCCAUGGUCCUGGAGUACAGGCCACGAAUAGACUUUGGCUGAACAAAGCCCUUGAGAAGCCUUCAUCGACAAAUAAAAGCAAUGACUGGAUGUGCAUCAAACUGAGGCCAGGGACUCAAAUCCUUCCCAACAUUUUGAACUUCUGUUUAAUUUUGUUAUGUCCUUCGUUGUUGAACAUUCCGUGCUUGUGGCCAAAGUGAUCUUCAAGACGAGUAACUAGCGAGACAAGCUUAGCUGAAACAUAGAUGUAUGAAUGUAUCCAAAUGGUAUUUAUUAGCCAGGUACUCUGGUACCCUGGUAACCCAGCCAAUGACAAGGAUUGACCUGCAUCUACAUGAUGAAUACAAGUUGGUGUGUACAGAAAAUGAAAUGGAAAGAGUAAUAGGGAGGAGUCAAGCAACUCCAAGGCCUUCCAACGGAUGCCUGACUUUAAAAAAAAAAUUAAGCCAUUUUUUUAUUUUAUAAAAUGCACAAAACAUAUCCACAGAUUUGCCCACAAUCAAUCAAUUGACCGAGCACCUUAAUGUUGCCAAAAGGUUUCGGAGUCUAAACCGAAGCUCAUUCGUCUUCAUUCUGUCCCAUGCUCAGUUAAUAUAACCAGUCUGACAUGUUGCUGAAAUCAACAAACUCUCUGGCAGAGGCUCGGUAGCCUGCGUGAUGGGAAGAGAAACGUUAAGCCUCUUUUUAACAAACAAACACACACACACACACUCACUCAACCCAAACUGCAGUGUGAUUGCCCUGGCUCCUGCCAAUCUCAGACCUGCACUAAUAGCUUUUUUUGGCACCAGUCAGAGUGACCAGGUAUUACAUUUUAGUUUUUCAGAUUAAUCUUAGUAUCUCUCUAGCCUAAAAAGAUACAAUCUUACAUGUUUUGAAGGGUAACCAGUGGUGUGUACAUUUCAUAUUGUUACUAGACCUUUGAGCUAUAAAUGUGUUUUUUGAAGUACAUGACAUUACAACAUGGUAGUACGAGAUAUGAAUUAUGCCAAUUAUGGAUCUUUGAUCACAGAAUAGUAUUGGGCACUGUAAGAACUGGUUGGCAUAAGGCUUAUUGUAUUAGCGUUGAGGUGUAGUGUACUGAAGCUGACUCUCACAGUGAUUCGGUAUAGAGAGUAUACAGUGUCUGCUUCAUUACCCAGUCAUCUCAAGUUUAGCCUUUUAAACUGUAAUCUAUGUUGAUGUGGUUUAUAUGUGAAAACCAUUUGAGGUGUGUUCCUUGCAGUGAAGCCAACCUGUCCUUGUGCUGACAAGGAUUUUUUUUUUUAAGACAGAAAAGGAAACAUGUACAUAUUAUUAUGGUUAAAGUUUUAUGCUGCUUAGAGUAAUAUAUUAUAUUUUUAAAUGUACCCAUGCCUGAGAAUCAUUCUUGAGAUAUUAGAGCUGUAGAAAUAUUGUUCAUAACUGUACUUGAUUUAUAAUUAUUCAUGAAUAAAUUAAAUGUUUUUAUUUUACUUACUGUCUAUUGACUUGACUGCCAUUGAUGAGACCGUUUUUUUGGUUUGCUUGGGCUUUGGGCCUCUAAGUCAGGAGUCAGGACAAAGGCCUAAAGCUUUAACCAAUACUCCUUUUUGUCAAAUUAGCAACUUUUUUUUCCUAGCCCGUAUUCUGUUUGCUCCUAUGAACUUUGUUUUAUAGGUUCUUUACAAAGUGAUUCUGCCUCCUGCCCAAACUGGUCAGACCAGUUGUAACGAUGAAUUCCCUGAUAUGUUUAUCUGACUGGACAGGCAGGAGGAAAAGUGUUUCUAGAUGCGAAAAGCGGUCAGUAUGUGAAAUACAUCUGCCCAACUUCAACUGGAGAGAGAAACAGGGUAGGAAUGCACACACAGAUGCUUCUCUCUCUUUGUUUGUCCUUUCUGCUUUCCCUGUAUGCUUAUCUGGGAGCUUUUUAAGGUCAGAUACUGUAUACAUGUAUACCUGUAGGCCAGAGUUCCCUACAGGCUUCAUACUGUAUGUACAUUCACUCACUCAUACCAGCAUUUGGGUCUGAAGGAUUUAGGGCACAUUGUGACUGUAAGUCUAUAAGAUGUCUCAAGAGUCCUGAAAACCCUCUAUACAAUCUCUUUUGUAACUUUGUUUUUAUUUUGGUGAUACGAAACUAAAAAGUGACCUUUAAUAUAUUAAACAUAAUUGAGAUCUCA